AUUAUUCACUUGCUCAGCUGCAGCUAAGAUCAAGGUCAGUAGACAAACUGAGGUAGCAUUUUUUGAAUUAAUAUAAUUUGGUGAUUCUCAAAGGACUAAUUUACUGGUAAAUGGGUUGAUUAACACAAUUAAUAUAAUAGAUAUUUGAAGAACAACUUUACAAAGGUUCUGGAAUCUUUUGUAGAAUACUUUCUCAAAAGUAUCAUUGCCGCCAAAAACUGGGCGUAUAUUAAAUUCAAUUGUUGAUAAUCAGUUUUUUAUUCAAUUUGAAACACCAAAAUGUCUGGAAAAUUAAUGCAAAGCCUUACCGAUCUUAUUGUUCUUGUCGGAGCAGAUUGUAAUUCUGGCCUAAAACCAAUCAAGACAGCAAGCGAUUACGACAAGGAUAGAGAGAUAGUGAAGACUGACUUUGAUCCUCAACUGCUUGCGGCUAUAACUGCAAAUACAGCUUACUUUCCUUUCGAAGAUCCACCUGUUGAUCCGAAAUAUCCCCAGGGAGUAGCUCAAGACUUAACUCUUGUCUUUCCUAGAGAUACUUUGCCUCAUUAUGCUCAGAAACAAGAUACAAUUGAUUCAGCUCAAUUUUCGGAAUGGUUUCAACGCUCGUCCGAUAGUUCCUCUUCCUCUUGUAUAUCCUCCGAAGGCUGCCCAUCUCCACAUUUACCUCCUACUUGUGUUCGCGUUCAAAGAGCUGCCUCUGUUGAUAGCAGUCUAUCGUCAAAUUCUGAUGUUUUUCUUCCAAAUGUUCCUGGUACGCAAAAGAAUGGUGGAAAAUCGUCAGGCAAUAGCAGAGAUAGUAUUGGAUCAAUAUCAAAUGAUAACUCUAAAUCACCUUACGGUACAAUGCAUCGGCGAAAGAUUAGUAGCGUACGUAUGACUCCAGUUCGCCAAAUUUCCCAGGCCAAGCGUUCACACAAAUCAGAAUCAGAUUUAGAAACGAACGAAUUAGAAAGUGAAGUCCUGGAAAUGUUACGUUGUCUACCUCAAUUUUGCUUUCCUGAAGGAAUGCGCGUUUCAACCACUAAGAGACCCGAUUCUAUCCAUCACUUAGUAUUGACAGGUGUAUGCGGUGAAAGAUUUUACGCAACCUGCUUACGGAUUCAUAAAGCUGCUAGAAUACAAUCGGAUGAAGAUGGUACAUUUAAAAUAGUAAAAUUAACUUUAAACAAAGAUGAUGCUGACGUAUUUGUACCGUGUUGCUAUGUUAUGAUAUCUCAAAUUCCUUAUUUUUCUGUAUUUAAGGAGUGUCUAUCCAAAAUGAGAAGUCGCAUGCGUUGUAAUCAUGAUAAAGAAGAUGAAGUUUUAAAGUUAUACGCAUUACAGCUGACAAGAACAAUUACUCCACCACCAGGUUCUAUGCACUUGGCAAUGCAAUUGGAAGAUGUUCGAAUACUUUUACCGUCAUCUUGUUUCGCUGAUCAUCCAAUAAUUGACUUUCCUUUAUCAAUUUUGUUCUUUUUACUACCUCUUGAGUAUAUUUUACAGAUAAUAUCUUGCAUGCUAACUCAACACAGAAUUGUUAUAAUUAGCUCCAAUUAUUCAGUUUUGACUAUCGCUGCUCAGGCGCUUAUACAUUUUAUAGAACCAUUCGCCUGGAAUUUUCCUUUUGUACCGAUCCUAUCAAAGACAACAUUGGAACUUUUAGACGCUCCUGGCUCUUUUUUAUUCGGCUGUCAUUCCCAGCAUCGAAACGAAGUUCUGAAAAUUUCGGAACUAAUAGUCGUGGAUAUUGACGAAAGAGAAUUAGGCACAUGCGCAUCACUAAAAUUACCGACCCUUCCUCAGGAUUCAGCUUACACUUUCAAAAGAUCAUUCCGUAAAAUCGGUUUACACUACGAUGUUGCUAAUCUGGAUUCGGCAGCUCUUUUUAACAUCAAUCAAGUUAAAGAAUCAGCUAUAGAACAUAGGAGAAAAGUUAAUAUGCAAAUUUCAGCUAUUUGCCUAGAACUAAUGGUUAAUUUAUUUCGAGAUGUCUUACAAUUCAUAAAACCAAAAACUAAAUACUUUGAUAAAACUGCAUUCUUAAAAAUUCAGAGGAGUGAAGAUGUAUUCUUUUUUGAACAAGUCAUUCAAAGCGAAUCGUUUAAUGGAUUCUUAAAUGAUAGAUUUGAAGGUAAGAAUGAUCGUUGGACACAACUCGAAGAAGCUACUAGAAGAAAAUCAAAAACUUCUAAUAGAAGUUUUUCAUCCUACGAAAAUUCUAACAUAAGGAAGGGGAGAUCUGAACCGACUUCUCUAGCUCUAAGAUUAGCCUUUUUACCACCAUACGAAAUAUGGAGAUUACCAGAAUUUCAAAUGAAAUACUACCAAUCUUAUUACGGAACUUGUAUAAAAUCUAUUACAUCUAAACUUGAAAUUUGUACUUCACCAAAUCAAAGAGCUUCAUUUCUCUGUAUGAGAGGAAUUCUCAAGCUAGCCAAUAAUAAAGCUUUUUCAGCUUUUGAAGACUUUCACUCUCUCUUUUCGUUUAAUGCUAAACUCUUUCCAGCCAAAAUAGCUAAAGCGGCAUAUGAUGAAUUAAGUGAACAAGAUGUUGAUAUUCUGAAAGACCAAAGAGCUUUUCAUAAAUCCGAAUUAUUUAUGAUAAUGAAUUGCAAUAAUGCACCACUGCCUUCGAGAUAUGAAGAAGCAGUUAAAAUGAAAUGGGAUCGUAUUCCGACUUUACCAGUUUCUUUAAGUCAAUUCCGCGACGUCCUUGAUGCUCUAGAUAUACAUUUACGACCGAUAACGAGUCAAACUCUUUUUGAAGUCUUAUGUAUGUGUGGAGAUGAUGAACCUGGCUGCCAAGUGGUUUAUCCAGAAGUAUUUGAAGUAUUUUAUACAAGAUGGAAAGAACAGGAAGUGAAAAGAACUAACGUUUUAAAAACCGUAAUAGGACUCUAUUUUAAUGAUUUUAUCAUAAAAAACAUUAACGCUCUUCUCUCCCCUAAAAAAAUAGAAUUGAUUAAGACUGAUUUUGGUAAUGGUAGAAUUAUACUAACUUCUAAAAGGAUUCACUUUUUACAAGAAGGAUCUAAAAAAUGUUUGGAAGUUGGAAAAUUAUAUGAUAUUAUUAAAGUUGAAAAAAUUAUGCAAAAAUCAUUUGUGACAAAUGUACCUGCACUAAAAUUACAUCUAAGAAAUAAAUCUACCUUUUCCGCCUGCUUUAAAGAAGAUCGCGACGAAUGGUAUUGGAUUAUUGUAGAAAUGCAUCAUGGAAAGUUAGCUGCCGAAGAAGUUCGAAAUUUAUCUAUUGUUUCACAAGCGUCCUCUAAUGUUCAACUUAUAAUAAGUCUGUUUCAAAGUAAAGAUGAGAUUCCCAUGUCUCCAAACACUUUAAAUAAUUUUGCCCAACACCUGGCCCAUUUUUUCACUGAGAGACAAUACGGCAAUUACACUCUUACAGAAAUUACUAAACAGAACCUCUUACAAGUUAUUGAUCCAAAUGAUGAUGAAGAAGAAAGAAAAUCUGUUGAAAGCUUGUUAUAUUUGACAGGAGCAUGGGACUCUGGUGACAUGACGGAACCCAAGCUAUGGGUUGGAAUGGGAAGCGGUAAAGUUUAUAUUUACGAUGCAUCAACGUGGAUUGUUACCAAAGUUAUUGAAUUAUCCGGAAAUAGAAUUGUUUUUCUUUUGGGACUUGGAGAUCAAGUGUGGGCUGCAUCGUUAGACUCAACAAUAUACGUUGUCAACAAACGUACAUUACAAAGUAACUAUCGUCUAGUAGGACAUAGCGACGCGGUUACUUGCCUUUGCUUCCACAAACCAACAGGAAUUGUUUAUAGUUCGUGUAUCAAUGGGGAAAUAGUCUGUUGGGAACAAUCGAGCCUACAGCAGAAAAAAAAGUUUACUGUCGAAAAAUUAAAUUGUCUACGAAGCAUUCAAAUUCAUGACAAUCACCUAUGGUGUUGUAGCAAAAAUUUCUUAAUGAAGUUGUCACUAGGAGGCGAAAAAAUUGUAACUGUUGAAGGAGGAAGUUCCAAUCUAUAUCAAUUCGCUAUAACAAACGAUAUUAUAUUUAUUGGAUGUGAACAUAAGAAUGAAGUUCGAUUCUAUAACACCUCUAAUGGUAAACAGCUUAAGAAGGUAACGAUCGAUUCUUGCAAAGGUAUAAGAUCAAUGAUUCUCUUUAAGGAUCACUUAUGGUUUGGAACUCAUGAAGGAAGAGUUAUCAUAAUGGAAAUUAAGAAUCCUAAAAAAUACCAUGCAUUGGAAUUUCAUAAAGAUUCUGUUAGGUGUAUGACGAAUAUAGGCGAUAGAUAUAUAGCAACAGGAUCAGCCGAUGGUAGAUACGCUGUUUGGAGAUCUGACCUUUCUGAUCCAAGAAAUUAA